GGUACGGUACGCCGACAGUAUAAAAGGCACUGCCGGAGAGAGCGGGGAGGGAUUGCUCCUCAGCUAGGAAACACUGAAGAUGACUGAAAGUCGUUUGCGGAGAACAGACAGUUCAAAACACUUGUAGACGGCCCGAACAGUCUCGCAGUCAUGACUUGCAUACACCCCCAGCAUGGAUCUCAGCCCUAUGAGAACAGCCUUGGCAGCUCAGAUCUUCAAAGCACAGACUUUAUCUCCAGGUUGGCUGUGGAUAUGAGCAGCCCACGGGACCAGCUCUCUGCUCCAUCCCUGCCAAGCAUCAACUCUCUGGUUGGCACUCAGGCGGGUGACUUUGACGCCUAUUCGUGCCAGUUCACUGCAGCCCCUGCCCACGUUGCUCCGUCAUCAGGCCUGGAAACCCCUGUCAAGCUUGAUGACCUCCAGGUUUUCGGCUGCUACCCUGGAGCGUUCACGCUGAAUUACCCAGACGAGGCCAUGUCCCCCGGUGGGUCAGAUUAUUUUGGCAGCCCUGCGUCAGCGCCGUCUCCUUCGACUCCCGGGUUCCAGAGUCAGCACGCGUCCACCUGGGAUUCAGCCUUUGGUCUGUAUUCAUCCAGCCCAGGAUACUGGGCAUCUGAGGAGACGUCAGUGCCACAUGCACCCUCUUUCUUCACAUUUGGUUCUGUGGAGGAUAUGUCUCACCUGGGUCAACAACACUUACGAGACCAGGACCCUUUCACAUUGACCCAUCCUCACCAAUCUGCACUGACCUUCCCGGCCUUGUCCAUGGAGCAAGCACGUAACUUUGAUGGCAAUGAUCAGAUGGAUGGAAGCUUAUCACCCAAAUUAAAAAGCCCCAGUGGAAAUGACGGCUGCUGUGCUGUGUGUGGAGACAAUGCCUCCUGUCAGCACUACGGGGUUCGCACCUGUGAGGGGUGCAAGGGGUUUUUCAAGCGUACAGUGCAAAAAAAUUCCAAGUAUGUUUGCCUCGCCAACAAGGACUGUACUGUGGACAAGAGGAGGCGAAAUCGAUGCCAGUUCUGCCGCUUCCAGAAGUGUCUGGCUGUAGGCAUGGUUAGAGAAGUUGUGAGAACGGACAGUCUGAAAGGACGAAGAGGUCGCCUGCCUUCAAAGCCUAAAGUCGUCCCAGAGAUGACGACCACUGUGUCUCCAGUGAGCAUGAUCGCUUCACUUGUGAGGGCGCAUAUUGACUCAAACCCUGGCAUUGGGAAACUGGAUUAUUCCAAGUAUAGCGAGACAGACAUCAGUCCAAACCAGAAGGAGGAUGCUAGUGACAUCAAACAGUUUUACGACCUCCUCACGGCCUCCUUGGAGGUCAUCAGGAUGUGGGCGAAGAGCAUCCCAGGUUUCUCUGAGUUCUGCUCAGAGGACCAGGAACUGCUGCUGGAGUCUGCAUUUGUUGAACUCUUCAUCCUCCGUCUUGCAUAUCGGUCCAAUCCUGAAACAGAAAAGCUCAUCUUCUGCAACGGGGCCGUGCUUCACAAAACGCAGUGUGUCCGAGGCUUUGGGGAUUGGAUUGACUCCAUCUUGGAGUUUUCUCAAAGCCUUCAUCGCAUGAAGUUAGAUGUUUCCUCCUUCUCCUGCCUCACAGCCCUGGUCAUAAUCACUGACCGACAUGGUCUUAAGGAGCCAAAACGUGUGGAGGACCUGCAGAACCAGCUCAUCACCUGCCUCAAAGAUCACGUCUCUGGCUGCGGCUCUGACUCCUUGCGGCCCAAUUAUUUGUCCAGACUUCUCGGGAAGCUGCCUGAGCUCAGGACUCUGUGCACUCAAGGCCUGCAGCGAAUCUUUUACCUUAAAUUGGAAGAUCUCGUUCCCCCACCGCCAAUUGUGGACAAAAUCUUCAUGGAUACGCUUCCAUUUUGAGUGUGAGCUGGGAGGUUUACCAUCUGUGACGUAAAAUCUGGAGUUUGUUUGAGAGCCAAAGAGAACAGACGGAGUGCUCAUACUUCACGUAGUAUAAAGUGAAACUGCAAGAAACUAAGAAGAAGAAUCCUGAGGGAUUAGGCAGCUCCACAGGGAAAGGGCUACCUCUGAAUUAUAGUGAAUGAGUUAUUAAACUUGUGGAAGUAGCAUGUGUGUGGGGGCAUCAUAUAAUACUCCCACUAGUUUGUUUUUCCAGGAAACUCUGUACUCUCCAGAUGGAAUUAAACAGGCCAGCUCAUGGACCAAAAGGCGACUGUUUACAUAGAACAUGGUGCCAUUUCAAAUGGAGGGAAGAUGACUGCACUUUCCAAACAAUUACAAAUUAAAUACAAAUUAUAUCUGCACCUUCAUUUCAAGAAGUUCUCAUUUUUAAAAAGAAAAGCUUUUUUGUGAUUUUGAUAACUCUAAAUUGCACAUAAAAUAUACGACAAGCAUUAUUAUGUUAUCUUUAGCUCAAGUAUUUAAAAUGGCUACGCAAAUUAUUUCACAGAACCACUUGGUCAUUCAAACAGACUAAUGUUAUGAAUACACACACAUUGACAUCUAAAUCAUGAAUCACUCAAAGCUCCAGAUUGGAGAUUGCCACCAUAUGUAUUUGGUGAUUUUAAAAAAAGUAGGUUAAACCUACAGAAUUAUUCAGCAGUAUCAUUCAUGUAUCAUGAAUAGACAUUGAGCAGCUAUAUACUGUGUAUCAUCCAGUACAGUCUUAUACACUGGUCUUGUGUGUAAAUUAUUUUGAACCUAUUUUAAGCCUACAGGUGCCACAUGAACUGUAUUCUACACUCUGAAAGUGUAACUUUAUUUUGGGCUUAUUGUUUUUACGUUCUAAGAAGUUAUAUUUUACUGCAGCUAAACAUGAAAUAAAACGUGGAAAUGGA